AUGCCAUCCCGGACACAAAUCUCACCUCCCCAGCUAAUCUCUAACCCCAAAGAAUCCCAUCAGUCAAGCAUCAUCGCCUGCGCCGUCAUCACAUGGUCCCUCUCGGCCCUCUUCGUCGGUCUUCGCUUCUACACUCGCGGGUUUCUUUUGAAGGGGAAGGUUCUGGGAGCCGAGGACUGGGUACUGUUGGUGGCGUUGGUGAUGAGUGGGUUGACUAGCGGGGGGUUGAUUGAGCAAGCCAUCUACGGAUUAGGCAAACACGCAUUGGAUGUUGAUCCCGCUUUGGUUAUUCCGAUGGGAAAGGCAGGCUGGUAUACAAUCCUCUACUACAUGCUCUCCCUCCUCUUCACCAAGAUCUCCAUUUUGCUCCUCUACAUCCGCAUCCUCUCCUACCAACACGCACGAUACCUCGUCUACCUGAUCCUCGGGAUAGUGGUCGCCACAAACGGGGUGUGGACUCUGUACACGGUGGUGACUGCUUGCGAUCCUUUGUGGGCGUUUUGGGAUCCCGCAUCGGUUUCCAUUCCCUUCAGGUGUAGGGGAGUGGCAUAUUGGUACGCCAACACGGGUCUGCACAUCGGGACGGACUUGCUGCUGUACAUCCUGCCGUUGCCGGUGUUGGUGAAGUUGAAGGUUGGGUGGGGAAGGAAGAUUGUGCUGUUUUUGGUGCUGGGGUUGGGUGGUUUAGUCUGCCUAGUAUCCACCAUCCGCCUUUGGGACCUCGUCGCCGAGGCUUCUCGACCAGACUUCACCUUUGACAACGUCAGCAUCGCCUACCUCACUUGCUCAGAGGUCAACGGUGCCGUUGUUGUGGCAUGCUGCAUGACUCUUAAGCCGUUCUUCGACCGGAUUUCUACUUUUUGGUGCCUCGGGCGCCUACGAUUGACGAAAUCGGACAGCAGCGGCAAGAGUGACGUGGUGGAUUCGGACGUUGAGGCGCAGCACUUCUGCAAGCAAUCCCCGAGGAAGAUGAUGAACCUGCAAGGUGUUGUGUCCCCAAAAGGUAAAGUAGGUGACGGCCCGCCUACUAUCGGUUCAACCCCGACAAGGCCGAUGGUUAUGGCGAUGGCACAAUGCAAGAGAAGGGGUUCAUGGAGCUGGCUGUAUACGUCUUCUAGCCAAAGUCGGUGGGACGAAGGGGAUCUGACGGAGGCAAACGAAACUUCGGAGAGAGGCAAUGCAUUGUCUGUCAACGCCAUUGAGUGUGACGCGGUUUCGCAGGAAUUGAGUCCUGUAUCACCGGUUUUGAGCACGGGUAGCGAGGCGUCGUGGAAAUCGGAGGAGACGGUAACCACCAAACUAGUUACAAUGUGUCCGAAGGUCAGCUGA